AUGUUGAUCGAAGGAGACGAACAAAAGCCCGAAAUAGGUCAAAAGAAAUGUCCAAAUCUGGAUGAUGAGGUACAAAAUCUGGAUGAUGAGGUACAAAAUCUGUAUGAUGAGGUACAAAAUCUGGAUGAUGAGAUACAAAAUCUGUAUGAUGAGGUACAAAAUCUGGAUGAUGAGGUACAAAAUCUGGACGAUGAGGUACAAAAUCUGGACGAUGAGGUACAAAAUCUGGACGAUGAGGUACAAAAUCUGUAUGAUGAGGUACAAAAUCUGGAUGAUGAGGUUCAAAAUCUGGAUGAUGAGGUUCAAAAUCUGGAUGAUGAGGUACAAAAUCUGGAUGAUGAGGUACAAAAUCUGUAUGAUGACGUACAAAAUCUGGAUGAUGAGGUUCAAAAUCUGGAUGAUGAGGUACAAAAUCUGGAUGAUGAGGUACAAAAAGAUACAUUUGUACCAUUACACGCCAAAAUUCACGUGAUACAUGCCCUAUCAGCGCAUGCCCAUCUCCAUCCGGAAGUGUUGGCGUACAUUGGUAGCUGGAUAGCAGAUAAAACUGGAAGUACUUAUAGGCCCGUUAUCGGUAGUGUUUGUCUACAGUUGCUGACAGAGAUUGAGGGAGAUCUGGCGUUCUGA